GGUGCAGUUGUGAGGCGGUCUGAAGGAGUUUGGAGUCAAAUUCCUGAACACGUAGGAGCUCCAACACGGCGCAUGACGCAGGGCGCCUGACGCAGCGCCCAGCGGCGACCGACUAACGGAUUUACUGAUCGAUUACCGAUUUGACAAGACAAAGUAGAUUUCUAUUCACUGUUAUUUCUGCAUAUUGGAUAGUUCUUUUUGUUCUCCUGCUUUUAAUCUCUUGAGGAAACAUGACUACAAGAGCAGCUUUUCUUUUCCGCCCGGUGAAGCACAACUGAACCUACUUGUUUGUUUUUCUCAGAGGAAAAAAAAAGUAAGAAUCUGAUCUGAUCAGCUGUUAAUACUUGAAUUUAAAAAAACAUUUUGAAAUGGAAGAAGAAUCCCACUUUCACACGACAAUUAGAAGAGGAAUUAAUUUUAAAAAAGCAGCCCGUGCUUAGUUUCCUCAGCGGAAAUGAGAUCAGUCCGUUCGCCUGGCUCCACUUUUUCUAAAACAUGGUGGAUGUAACUCUGUUACUGCAGGAUCUGUCAUUAUCGGACUUCUGAAAACCUUUCAUUUUAUAGUUAUUGUUAUAAUUGAAGGAAAGAUGUUUGCUGGGCUGAUGGGACUCGACUGUCACCUGAACUCUCUGCAUCACCGCUGCGAAAGCACCGAAGGUGGCAAAGUAUCUGGGACAACUGGCAGCUCUGGACGUAAGAGGCUGCACAGGAGACCAGGGUACAUGAGAGGAGAGCAGGCCAGGCUGCAGUGCACUGCUCAUGCUCAGGACGAAGAGGAAGACGAAGAAGAGGAGGAGGAGGAGGAGAGCAUUGCUUGCAUCAGGAAUGGAAAAUCUGGACGCCACGCUGACAUCACCAAGGCAACCAGAGUUCAACAGUUGAGUCAAGCUCCUACCGUCAAAGUGUCUUCAAUGAAUGAUCUACAUCACAAGCGGUCCACAUGUAGUUCUUCAGAGAGUAAGAAUUUGGUCGACCCUAUAAAUGGAGUUCAAACCACAUCGAGUGAACUUUGUCCAAGCCUCCAGUUUUCAUCUGAGAUAGUCUUUAACUCAAGUUUUAGUUUCAUCCAGGAGUCUCUAAACAGCAACCAGAGGACAGAUCCUGCUAGACCGCUGCAGGAACCAGAACCAACAAAUCAACAAGCUAAUCUAGAGAAAAAAAGAGAGGAAAUCACCACCAAAUUCAGUCAGGUCCAUAAGGAGGAGCGUUCAUAUGGUGGGAGAUGUUGGCGGGACUCUCUGUGGACUGAUAAGGAGGAAAUGUCCCAUCUUCCGAACUCUGAGUCCCAGUCUCUCGACAUAGAGGUCACUUCCUCCUUGUCGGUGGACUCGGACACGGCCUCAGCCUCUUCUGUCACUUCCGGCUACGAGAGCGCGACGCCUGCCUCCGAGCAAGUCUGGGACAGCCUAGUGAAGACAUACGACGACGCCCUGCAGGACUGCCUCCAGAACAACCGCACUUACACCAAGAUCGAGUCCAUGAUGUUGAAGCUGCAGAGGCUGCAGCAGAAAGCCAUUCGGGAUGACGACUACGACGCAGCUGAGCGCUUUGGGAAGAAGCUGGAGGAGCUCUGCAGAGAGCGCGGUACUCUCAAACUGGGUUUACCCUCCAUGCAGCCCAGCGUUGCCCACUUCCUGGAGACACUCUCAAAGGUCGUGCACAGCGCCUUCCAGAGGGAAGACUGCAAUCAUCGCAGAGAGGGAUCAGAACCAGACUCAGUGGAGCAGUCUGACCCAACGCAGCGGAGAGAUCGCUUGAUUCAAGAAAAACAUCAAGUUGAGGAGGAAAUUGAGAAGCUGCAGACGAAGCUGGCGCAGCUGAAGGAUCGCAGUCGAUAUCUGGAGCAGCUGAUCCAGCAGGAGGAGCAGCGGGCCGAGGCUGUGGAACUGGAGGGGUCGGUGCUGCGGAGCUGCACUGUGGCCCAGCUCCGGGACAUGAGCCGCACCCUGCAGGACCUCAUCUCGUCUGAAAACCGCACACAGAUUUCCGUCUCUCCUCCUCCUUCAACGCUCAGACUCCAGGAACAGGAACAGGCGCUGAAUCUUUCCAUGAAGGAAGCUACAGCCAAGGUGGUCAUGAGUCAGAGGCUGGGCAGCAGCCUAAGGAGGAAAGUCAGCGAGACUGAAACGCAGCUCUUGGCUCUGCACGAAGCCAAACUGGCGGCCAUAUCUGGUAAUGACUUCGGCUGUGCCAAGGAGCUGAAGGCGGAGAUGAAGGCGGUGUACCUGGAGCGGGACCGACUGGAGGCGCUGGCCAGGCGGCUGCACAGCCUCAGCUCAGGCAGCAGCCAGGAGCUGGCCAGGAUGAAGGAGCAGCGGCAGCAGCUCAGGCUGGAGCUGGAGCACAGGGAGGCCCUGCAUGAAAGCCGGUUGAAAGAGAACGCCACCAAAUAUGUGGAGCUGCUGGAGGACAGGCUGCAGAGCUAUGGCUGUCCCGGUUUGGAGCGGAUCUGGGAAGCUGACCUGGAAGCCUGUCACCUGUUCCUUCGAGGCCUGCAGCUGCGAACCUCCAUCUGCGGCGGCCCAGAUGUGGACGAUGCCCCCGAUCCAGCAGUUUAUACCUCCACCCAGCCCUGCUCUAAAGAAGAAGAAGACUGCGCCAUGCUGACUGCGUUAGGAGGCCGCUGGUGUCCUGAGGCCAACUUGCAGAACUCAGAGUUCACAAAGAAGCUGGAGGAGUUUUUGUUCUGCAUGGAGGAAAAUCACCCAGAGGAUGUGUGCAGCGAGGCUGACGCUACAGACCUGACGGAGCGCUGCGAGCUCAUCGGUGACAGACUGAUCGCCUUGGAGGACAAACUGCAGACGGCUUUACUGAAUCGGGAUCAAGCCCUCACCCAGUGUUUGGAAAAAGAAGUUCAGGAAGUGAAAUCCACCUUACAGCGCAUGCUAACGCAGCUCCAGGUAGAAGAACAGCAGGAGGACGACAGACAUGUGUCGGAUGAGCUGGUGAAAGGUGAAACUCGGGUGAAAGUAAAGACAGUAGAAGAAGAAGAUGAGGAAGAAGAUGAGGAAGAAGAAGAGGACCAGUACUUCAGUGACAGCUGGGAUAUUUGAGAUAGACGCCUGUAGAGUUUUGGGAGCACGUACACUAGGACGUAGCCUCAGCGCAGCAGCAGAUGUGACCUCAAAUCAGUUUACUGUACAGCUUCACAACCAGCUUAUGUGCGGUUAUAUACUUCUAAAAGUAUAAACUUUAUACUGCCUUUCUAAAGGUUCAAAUUCAGUGAACCUCACUGCAGAACAUAAAAUCUUACCAAGUAUUUUUCCUUAGUUUGUAGUGCUAAUAACUAAAACUCCACUGGCAGAUUAUUUAAUAAUCUAGCACUAGCACAAUUAAGGAAUUAUUAACUUAAUACAAGCUUCUGAAAUAUUGCUUAUUAUUUAGUUUUGUCCUAUUUUAACUUUAAUAAGAUAUGUGCACUAGAAACUAAAACACACUUGAUAAGAUUUUGUGUUUUUUCAGUGCUUUCUCAUAUUUUUUCAUGUUACAACCACAAACCUGUAAGUAUUUUACCCUGGGUUUUAUUUAUUAAACCACCACACACUAUUUAUCUGCACAUCUGGAGGCUGACUUUAAAAAAAAAUACAUUUCUCAACCUCAGUUACCUUUCAUGGAACAAAUCUCUGAAGAUAAAUUUUAAAGUUUUACUGCGUAUUCUCAGAUGGACUUCGGUAUGGACUUUUACAUGAAUCAACAGAUUUUUCUUCCUAAUUUCCUCCAGAAUGACUAUUUCCCAUUUGGGCUGGGGUAAUACAUAUCAAGUUGUCCUACAAUCUUUCCAAUUAUUUGAUGAUACAGUAAACUAAAUUAGACUUUUGUUGAUUUUUAUAACUUGGCACUGCUUUAGGAAUUGGAUUUAAGGAUAAAUCUCAACUUUAAAUCUUCAUCACUGUCAAAUAAUUAAACAAUUUGUGGUUCUAAUGUGAAAUUGUGUAAAAAUGUCAAUGCUUUUGCCAAUGUAAACUGAAAAAUAUUAAGGAUUUGAAGGAUAAAAUAUGUUUGUAGGACACUUUCUAGUUUUUUAAACCACUUUGGAUCUUUUUUCAGGACUAAUUUUCUGACAUUAUGUUUUUAUAUGAAGUUUUAGUGUUAGUCUUAAUUCUGCAGACCAGCAGAGUUGGAGCAGUUUGAAGAUUAUUUAACCUCUGGACUCGAAGCUGCCAUGGACAAUCUGAACACUUUUAACUAUUAACUUGUUUGUUUUUUUGCACACAAACUAAAAGUUAUCGUAUUUUAACAUCAGAAAACUACUCUUUCCUGUGUUUUUCCUGUAUUUGCACAUAAUGGUGUUCAUUGAGGAACUAAUUUUUGUGGUGCUACAAAAUGUGAGUUAACUUAAAACACUUUAUUUUACACUUUGUGUGGAAAAAAUGCAAUAUUUAGUUUGUUUUUUA